AUGUCUUUUGUUUUGAUGAAAGUUUGUGUUCUGGCAUUUGUAUCCACAAUUGUAUUUUGUGCAUGUCCUACUAGUUGGAGUCAUUAUGAAGACAAAUGUUUCUUUCUAAGCCGUGACAACGAGACAUUUGCAGAUUCACUGAAACUGUGUGAAGUGAUUGGUCGCCAGUAUGGUAGAUCGGCAUCAUUAGCUACCGUUGAUGAUGCAAAAACACAACAGUUUCUAACAGAUUUAAUGAUCAAAAUAAAUUCCAUUGGAAUGUACAUAGGAUUAAAUGACCUUGUAACUGAAGGGACAUUUCACUGGGUAGCUAACGGCGAGCAGGCAACUUACUUUAACUGGGGACCUACCCAGCCAAACAACAGAGGAGGAAACGAGAACUGUGUAGCUAUGAGAGUUGAUCCAGUUAUAGGCUUCAAUUAUUCUUGGACAGAUGGCCCUUGUACAGUUCCGACUACCUAUAUUUGUGAAAUGGUUUGGAGUCAUUAUAAAGACAAGUGUUUCUUUCUAAGCCGUGAAAACGAGACAUUUGCCGAUUCACUGAAACUAUGUGAAGUGAUUGGCCGCCAGUAUGGUAGAUCUGCAUCAUUAGCUACCGUUGAUGAUGCAAAAACACAACAGUUUCUUACAGAUUUAAUGAUCAAAAUAAAUUCCAUUGGAAUGUACAUAGGAUUAAAUGACCUUGUAACUGAAGGGGAAUUUCACUGGAUAGCAAACGGCAAGCAAGCAACAUAUUUCAACUGGGGACCAACCCAACCAAACAACAGAGGGGGAAACGAGAACUGUGUAGCUAUGAGAGUUGAUCCAGUUAUAGGCUUCAAUUUUUCUUGGACAGAUGGUCCUUGUACAGUACCAACUACCUACAUCUGUGAAAUGGUAGCAGCAGAUAUUGGAAACCUUCUUGGAUAG